AUGAAACCCAUAUGUUGCUUUCUUUUCCUCUCCAUCUUCAUCUUCAUCUUCUCAUCUCCAUCAUCAUCAAUCCCAUUAAACAACGCCUUCACCGCUGCAAUCACCCGCCGCCACCUGAGCGAUACUCCAAAAGAAAUAGAUCCGCCACCGGAUGAUGAUCUAGCUUGUGAGAUUGAGACUGAUGCCCGUUUAAAUUUUCCUAAUCCCAGGCUUAAAAAAGCUUACUGCGUCCUUCAACAAUGGAAGAAGGUAAUCUAUUCCGACCCGGAAAACAUGUUGAGUAACUGGGAAGGUGCAGAUGUUUGUUCUUAUAAAGGUGUGUUUUGUGAAAAAGCUCUCGAUGAUCCAAAUGUAGUUACAGUCGCCGGAAUCGAUCUUAACCAUGGCGACAUCGCCGGCCAACUUAUAUGUCUUCUUGGGCUGUUAACCGAUCUUGCUAUCUUCCAUAUAAAUUCGAACAGGUUUUGUGGGACUAUUCCGACGAGCUUUUCCAGGCUUACGAUCUUACACGAGUUUGACAUUAGCAACAACAGAUUCGUGGGUCCGUUUCCUAAUGUUGUUCUUGAAAUGCCGAAACUGAAGUAUCUUGAUAUUAGAUUUAAUGAUUUCGAAGGUGGGUUACCUCCCGAACUCUUUGAUAAAGAUCUCGACGCCAUUUUCUUGAACGAUAAUCGAUUCACGUCAACAAUCCCGGAAAACAUCGGGAAUUCUAACGCUUCUGUGAUCGUAUUUGCGGAUAAUGAUUUCAAAGGAUGCAUUCCGAAGAGCAUUGGUCAGAUGACUAGUUUGGAUGAAGUUAUCUUCGCGAAUAAUGAGCUUUCUGGAUGUGUACCUGAGGAAUUAACGAUGCUUGAAAACAUUAAAGUGUUGGAUUUGAGUAAUAAUAACUUUGUAGGAACACUUCCGAAUGGUUUUGAAAGAUUGAAGAAUGUUGAAAGUAUUGAUAUCGGACGUAAUGAGUUGAUCGGAAAGGUGGUGGAAAGUGUUUGUACGUUGCCGAAACUGAUGAAUUUUACGUUUUCUAAGAACUUCUUUGAUGGGCUUGAACCGAAAUGUGAAAAACCGAUGAAAGCUGAGCUUGUUUUGGAUGAUCGAGAGAAUUGUUUGCCGAAGAAACCGAAUCAGAAAACUGAGCAGAAGUGUUCGCCGGUGGUGAAUCAUCCGAUUGAUUGUAAAUCUUUAGGGUGUAAAAAGCCAUCAAGAACAAGCGACGAGGAGUCUAAAAAGAGGAAACCACGGCGCCGGCCACCGCCACCGCCACCACCGGUUCAAUCUCCUCCUCCUCCUCCACCAGUUCAAUCCCCACCGCCACCUGUAUUCUCUCCACCGCCUCCAGUGCCUUCUCCUCCUCCACCAACACCAUCCCCGCCACCACCGUCUCCACCGCCUCCAGUCUUGUCUCCACCCCCACCACCACCGCCUGUCCCAUCUCCUCCCCCACCAAGCUUCAACGACGUUGAUAUUCCAGAAUACAUUGGUUCACGUUACCCAUCACCACCACCACCGGUGCACCCCGGAUAUUAG